GUUGCAGAAGGAGUAGAAAUAAAUUGAACACUCUUGACAACUACGGAAACAUUUCAAGAAUGGGACUCGGGGAGAAGAAACGAGUAGAUGCCGAAGACCAGGAACAUAGUGAGGGACAUGGAAAGAAAUACGGCAAGUCCCGUUCCCAUGAUCCAACCUUCAAUGGACCAAUCGAGAACCGUAGCUGUACGGAUGUCAUCUGUUGUCUUAUCUUCCUUGCCUUCCUCGGGGGUCAGGGUUACAUUGCCUACUUGGCCUUCACGACGGGUAACCCCAGCACCAUCAUCUACCCUACCGACUCUCAGGGUGACAUCUGCGGUGUUGCUGCAGGAAAGACUAACCUGACUAGCCUGUUCUUCUUCGACUAUCUGGCCUGCUUCUCCUCCUCUACGCUCAUCACCUUCCAGUGUGCCACCCCUCAGGUGUGCGUCGAAAACUGUCCCACUAAGACCUACUCCAUCUGGACCAAGUACAUUUUGGAAUUGGACUCAUCUAACCCCGUUGGGGUCGACUGGAGUCUCUUCAUCUGCCAAUACGAGGUGGACCCGGAGAAUGAGGUUACGAAAAACGGUCGUACCAUUCGGAAUCUUCUUAACGAGGAGCUGUGUGCAUCGUAUUACGUGCAAAGCAAACCCUUGUUCGGAAGAUGUUUGCCAGACUUUCUUAUGGAAGUGGAAAAUGUGACAGAGGCGCCAUCUGAGACACCGAACGGACGUAACAUCAGCGACACGAACUUAGAGGUCUUCGCCAAGUUCAUCAACUAUAUACAACAGUCAGAACAGAUUCAGAGUGUCGUCGACGAUUUCAAGUCAACCUGGCCAUACAUCGUAGGGGCUCUCUGCAUCGUCGUCCUCUUGUCGUUCUUCAUUCUCAUCCUCAUGCGAUGGUUGAUGGACGUGGUGGUGUUUGGAUCCAUCCUGUGUCUCUUCGCGUUGCUAGCAGUGGGUAUGUACUACUGCUAUGACACCUGGUUAUGCUACAGGGACGGAGAAGAGAAAUGUUAUUCCAUGCCCAUAGACGAUCCUUCCAAUCUCUUCAGCUAUCCCCAAUCAGAGAGCACGUGGCUAGCUUUCGCCAUUAUCUUGACCGUGAUUGCCGCCAUCCUGCUACUACUGUGCCUGGUCUUAUUCAACCGGUUCCGCCUCGCAGCCAAAUUGCUAGGUGAGGCAAGCAAUGCGGUGGGCAUGAUGUUAAGCACACUGGCAUGGCCUCUAUUACCGUUUGUCUUUCAGUUUGGCUACGUGGCGUUCUGGGCUUUUGUAGCCGUCUACUUGGCAUCUGCUGGUGAUGCUGUGUUCGAGGUGUCCAAUGCUCCAAGUGAUUCCCCAGUGACGAAUGGUACGACUUGUGAUCAAAUGACGUUCAACGCUUCACUGUACGCCCCCGCGAACUGUCAUUUCGUCAGCUAUGGCUUGCCGUCAUACACCAUCUACCUUCAGAUCUAUGGAGUAGUAGGAUUGUGGUGGAUGCUUAACUUCUUCAUAGCUUUAGGAGAGGUGACCUUAGCAGGAGCCUUUGCCUCGUACUACUGGGCUUUUACGAAGCCUCAAGAUAUUCCAAGUCUCCCGCUUGCCUAUUCUUUCUGGCGAGCCAUUCGUUAUCACCUGGGCUCUAUGGCUUUCGGCGCUCUCAUCAUCACCAUUGUCCAGCUCAUCCGAGCCCUCCUCGAACUGGUCGAAGAAAGGACCAAAGAUGCCAGUAACGUCGUGACUAAAUUCAUAUUCUGCUGUUGCAAAUGUGGAUUUUGGUGUCUGGAGAAGGUCCUGCGUUUCAUCAGUAAGAAUGCGUACAUCGAGAUUGCCGUCUACGGGCGCAAUUUCUGCUCUUCGGCUUCAAGCGCCUUCAAUCUCCUCAUGCGAAACAUCGUACGCGUGAGCGUUCUAAAUGGUGUGACCGGUUUUAUGCUCUUCCUCCUGAAAUCUUCUAUCGUUGUUGGCAUCACGGUCGGUGCGUUCUACUUCUUUCAGCUCCAGGUGACGUCCGGAGAAAACACGUUUUACGUCGUCCCGGACAUCAACAACGUCUGGGUGCCGAUUACCGCUAUUGCGUUCGUAUCCUUCUUCAUCACGACGGCAUUCUUCGGGGUUUACGACAUGGCCGUCGAUACCCUCUUUCUUUCUUUCCUCGAGGAUUUGGAGAGGAAUGAUGGAUCACCAGAGAAGCCUUACUACAUGUCUAAUGGUCUCAUGGACGUGGUUGGCGAGCAUAACAAGAAGCAAAAGAAACACAAGAACGACUGAACGUUUUACGGAUAAUUUUUAGUGACUAUUAAUAACAUAAUAUUGACAAUAUAUUAUGAGCUUUAUUUGGCUCAAGUGUAGUGUCAAAGGAAGUAUCUUGAUUUGAAAAUACCAGGAUGAUUGUGAAAUAAUGUAUAAUAUAAAAAUGUAAAUUUUCUAACGUGAAACAGAAAACAACAUCAACAAUCGAUGUUGUAGCUUUUCAUA